CCUCGGUGGCAUCGCUUUCCCUGCACCGAAUCUAUCUUUCUCAGCCCUCCUACUGGCUCUCCCUCCUCCAGAUAUUUUCUUCCUAAUCUUUCAUUCCCAGCUUCUUCCCCUCCUCGACUCCCGGCCUUCUCGCGCACAAUUCUCGAGGGCGAUCGGAUUUGCGGAGGGUUUUGAUCUGAGAGUAUUGCGUGCCGUGCGGCGCUGCUUUCCUGGAAAGAUUGGAUUGUGGCAGCUGAGUUGUGCUCCCGGAGGUGUAUUCCAUCGAUUUCGGCCAAAGGAUUGGAUUGUCUUUGGGGGACCACUGCUGAAGUCGGGAGGAUUUUCUUCCAAUUUCGCCUCUAUUUUGGCGGAGGAUCUUCUUCAGAUUUCGCAUCGAUUUCGGAGGAAGAUCUUCUUUAGAUUUCGCCUCGAUUUCGGCGAAAUGAUUGGAUUUUCCCGUCUGGGGUUCGGGUUUGUGUAAGAAUGUCCCUCCUCCGGUUUUUUUGUCGUUCUUCUUUGACUGUCGGUGAUGAGAGGUUUGGAUUUUUUUUUUCUUUUUUCUUUUUUGUUCCGCCUAACUGUGAAGUCGGAAGGAUUUUCUUCAGAUUUCGCCUCGAUUUCGGUAAAAAUUGGGUUUUUCACCGGGGAUUCAUUGUGAAAGUGUUCGACUUUCGGCGUGAUUUUUCUAUCUGGGAUUUGCUGUGCUACCGGUGAUAAGAGUUUGGAAGAAACCACUUUUCUUAGUUGUGACGAUCGGAGUUUGAGGUUUCUGGAGGAUCUAUUUGGGUUUAGCUGUUGUCGACGGGAGUUGGGAGGUAUCUCUUUGAGUUUCCUCGGCUUUUAGGGUUUUUCUGAUAUCGUCUUGUGGUAAGUCAGUGAAUGUGAGAGUGAUGAAAGGGGGAAAUCCGGAAGAUAAGAACAUGGGCCCUCUGUUUCCAAGGCUCCAUGUGAACGAUUCAGAUAAGGGAGGUCCCAGAGCACCUCCGAGGAACAAGAUGGCACUCUACGAGCAGCUCAGCAUACCUUCACAGAGGUUCAAUUCGACAGCUUCUGCACUGCCUUUUCCUCCUCACAAUGCCAGCACCUUGGUUCCUUUGGCUUCUUCGAGUCUGGGGUGCGGGCAUGAGAGGAGUGUGUACUCUCCAUUUUAUAUGCCUGCUCGUACACCUGUUCAUUCAUCUGAGAGAGUUAACUCCCAUUCCUCUGAUGGAAUGAAUCUCAAUGCCACAAGGAUGGAAUUUGAGCAAAGAUCCAUAAAGCAUACGGGUAACAGAACUUUGAAUUCUACAGGACCAGUUGCUGAAUGUAGUUCACUACAUCAACAUGACUCGAAGGAUAAGAAUUCUUGUGAGAAGAAGUUGCAUGACACAGAUGAUUUUAGGGUUCCUACCUUUGUUCAGUCAGGAAUUAAUGAUAUUGAUGCACCUGCAGUUGGGCCAGAAAAAUUAACUCACUUUUCCAAGAGUCCACAGAAGAAUGCCUCUACUACAUUCAAUUCUUCACUUCAAUGCCCAAAUGCUAACGACAAGCCCUUGGAGCAAAGCAAUACUUCCAAUUUGAAGACAAGAACUUUUGAUGGAAACCGUGGUGAUAAAAAGCCCAAAGAAACUCUAGUGAUCAAAGAACUCAAGGAAAGGUCUGUUCCUCACCAGGAAUCGGGUGAACAAUCAAACGCCAAAGCGCCUUCAGAUAGAGAUCACACUAGUAAUAUAAAUGUUCUUGAGGAGUCACACCAUGGAAGAACAGGAUUUUGUCAAGAGUCUUGUGAGAAUGAUGUUAUGGAUGGACCUAGGAGCUUGAAUGACAUCAACUCAGUAGAAAAUUGGGAUGUUUCAAUGGCAAGAAAUGAAUCAAUGCUGGAACCAUCACUUGGGAGCAGCUGUGGGACUCCAAGUAUAGCUGACAAGUGCAAUGAAAAAGGCUGUGAUAAUGAAAAUGGCACAUUGGAAAUGAGAGAUGGAGAGAAAAAAGAUGAAGUAUCUGAAGCUUCCAAGAUGGACUUUAUUUCGGGUUUGGAGAUAUCUCCAUAUGAUGUUGUUGGAGUAAUCGGUCCAAAGCACUUCUGGAAAGCGAGAAGAGCAAUUGUCACUCAACAAAGAGCUUUUGCAGUACAAGUUUUUGAGUUGCAUAGAUUAAUAAAGGUUCAAAAGUUGUUUGCAGGAUCACCACAUCUACUUCUUGAAGGCGAUCCUUAUUUAAACAAAUGUUCAGUGAAAGUACCAAGUAAGAAUCCGCCACCUGAAGGAAACAGAAAGUCUCAACCACAUUCUGUUAAACUCAAAGUUGACUCCCAGAAGCCAAACCAAAAUGCAGAGUGUCUGCUAGAGAACCCAGGAGGAGCUCCACCUCUUCCAUCUCGUGAAAACACAGUUAACCGAGGUCCUUAUGAUCAGGUUCCAAGAAAUCGACCGUACUCUGGGCCCUCCACGCCUAUGUCCGUGGCUCCUGAGAACAAGCCAGGUGCUUGGUGUUUCCAUCCGCCUGCAAACCAAUGGUUGGUCCCUGUUAUGUCACCUUCAGAAGGACUUGUUUACAAGCCUUAUACCGGACCUUGCCCUCCCACCGGUGGUUUCAUGGCCCCUGUUUAUGGAAGCCGCACGCCUUUGAGUCUACCACCAGUAGCUGGAGAUUUCUUGAAUGCAGCUUAUGGUGUUCCAGCAUCUCAUCAGCCUCAAAAUAUAGAUGUUGUCUCCGGAGCUCCUGCGACUGCUCCAAACUACUUUCCAACUCCUUACGGCCUUCAUGUUGCGAACCCGAUUAUUUCAUCCUCAGCUGACGAACAAGUAAGCCCAUUGCCUGGCUCGAAGCCUAACAUCCAAAUUGACCGGCACUCAUGGAGCUCAGGUAACAUGUUACAUCCAAGGAGUGAAGCAUUUUCGGGCGGUCUUUUGAGGUUUCAGGCGUCCAAGGACAGUGAGUUACAAGGGAGUACAGCAAGCAGUCCUUGUGAGAAAGCACAAGAAGGAACAGAUGCAUUGCCUCUCUUUCCUAUGGCCCCAGCCACAGAUGGUCCAACUCGAUCCUCACAGUUCAGUGGCAGGGACAAUCAGAAUCUCGUGAUUAAGGUUGUGCCUCACAAUGCCAGAUCUGCAACAGAAUCAGCAGCACGUAUUUUCAGGUCUAUACAGGAAGAGAGACAGCAACAUGAAUUGUAAUUCAUAUAUAUAUAUAUAUAUCUCCAGGGGUUUGCUUCCCCAGCUUUACGUGGAUGCAGAUGUGGACUCAACUGAUGUCACGUUGGUGCCUGAUGGUGUUCCAUGGCCAUGGUUCAGUGUUUUGGUAUACUAUAAAUAGGUUUCUAGUGUCCGGUCUGGUCUUAAAUUGUUACAUGUAAAUACGGUCCUCUGUAUCUACAAAAUCAACAUUCUGUCGCUUUUCUUUUCUUGUUUUUGUGCUGAGCAGAAUUCUGUAUGUUGUUGUUUUAGAGAAUCAAUUUUAAAUACAAGCUUUGGUUUGCAAGAGUACAAA